AUGUUUUGGCGCCUGUGGUAUAGUGUGGAUAAAGCUUCUUCAGGGGCUGGCCUCCGGUAUAUUGGCGCCGGCAUGGUCGUCCAGAUCCUUCUCACAGUUGGAAUGUGGCUAGCAUGCCGCAAAUACCACCCAUCAUUUGGCAUCCCUGGGACUGAGUUGCGCGGAAGUUUUGAAGAACAGCUCAUCGAACUGGGGCGCGGUUGGGAGUGGUGGCCGACUGUCUUGUGGCAGGCAAUAUGGACAUGGAUGGUUGCACCAAUUCUGAUAUGGAGGUCCUGGGACAUCCGCGACACCCUUGGCUGGCGCGUUCAAACAUUAGGUUGUUGUAUCACGAAUCUCCCGGCAACCCCGAUGUGGCUAUUGGCCACUUAUGUCCAGGCGUUUUUCCCGGUCAAUCAAUAUUUUGACCCUAGCAAAUGGCUGCACCUUGCGGACAUGUGCUUUGAGGUGUUCGUCAUCUUCAUUCCUUGUUACCUGGUCAUCCGACAGAAACAGCUCCGCAGAAUGGCAAUCGAUACGAACGCAAAACUAGAUUUAACUUCUACCAGCUCGAUUACACAGAGUGCUUACUCUCCUCAUUGGAAAGGCGCGGACGACGCAUGGCCCAUUACAGAGCUGGACAUAUCGGAUCAAGAUUCGGAUACUCAUCUUUUGACAAUUAGCGCACUAGAAUCGUUUCUCCAGCGUGAUCCAAGUACCUUGCAGGAAUUUUCGGCCAAGAAGGAGUUCUCCGGUGAAAACAUAGCUUUCUUAACUCGCGUCUCGGUUUGGAAAUCAGGCUGGCCUGACGUACCAAACGAGCAUGAGAUUCGGGGCUUGUUUUCUCAGGCCUCUGAGAUAUAUUUCGAUUUAGUCAGUCAAAAGAAGGCGCAGUUCCCGGUGAAUCUGUCGUGGCAAGACUUGGAAGACUUGGAGUCCAUAUUUGAGCCGUCGACAAGUGUGCCUAAAAGUGCUGGAAACAACACAGCGAACGCCCCAUACGAAUCAGACGAAUCGCCUCUUCGAGCUGGGAAUCUGUUCUCAAGAGGAAAUGAAUCCAGUGCGUCAAGCAUCGAGCUAGGGGAAUUGUCGAGACCGGCUGAAUACAUCACAACGAUACCACAGAGCUUCAAGCGCACAGUUUUUGACAAGGCACACAGAAACAUCAAAUACCUUGUGUUCACGAAUACUUGGCCAAAAUUCGUCGGCCAAAUCAAGCAACAGGACAAGAAAGCUGCAGACAUGGAACAUGCAGAGCCCGGCACAGUUACGUAUACAGCUCCUACUCAGACGACUACAAGCGUUCCAACGCUAGCCGAUCCGACCUGA